AUGGUCUCGGGCGAGCCCAACUGUGUGGCCGCGUGCGGUAUGCUCAAAACAUCGCUGCCUAUCGAGAUGCACACACUCAGUUCUGAUCUACUGCGCACCCUCGAAGAAGACCUCUCCAAAGUUGUCCUAUCCUUGCGGCAGGAGCACAACUCUCGGACAUUCCCUGGCAAGCUCCCACCCGAGGUCCUCCUGCACGUCUUCCGGCACGCCCGAGAGGUCAAAGACACGCUGGACGACGAUAGCCAUCUCAUCAUUCCCCCGCCAGACCACAAGACCCUCCUCUCCCUCACCCAUGUCUGUCGCUUCUGGCGGUCGACCGCCAUCGCCUCCCCCGCGCUCUGGAGCCACGUCCCCCGAGUCCCCGUGAAGAUCUCAAGCCUGUUUUUACAGCGCGCCGGCAAGAAGGUCCCGCUGACCAUCCACAUCAUCGGGCUCUCCUUCCCAUGGUGGCGGGAGGACCCCCGCAAGCCGACCCUGUCCCUCCGCGUGCGCGCCCUCAUCAUCGACACGAGCCACUCCGACAUGGCCGGCUACACCGCGAAAAACUCGCUGCGCCCCGUCGCCCCGCACCUCCGCUACCUCGCCAUCACCUCGCCGAUCCGCGAGUACCGGUACAGCGACCCACCCGCAAUCACCUCCACGACGCUUUUUGGGGGCGCUGCGCCCGCGCUCACCGCGUUCGCGCUCACGCUUCGCUCCGGGGUGCUCUACGCAGACUCGUUCCCCGCGCUCGCGCAUCUGCGCAUCGCCGGCAGCGAGCACAUCGUGCUCCCCGCGCUCAGCCUCCUCGCGAUGCUCGAGCACACCCCUGCGCUCGAGACGCUAUACGUGCGCAACACGACCAUGCGGCACCCGAAGCAGGCGCUCCCGCUCCCUACUGUGCGCCUCGACCGCCUGCGCGCGGGCUCCAUAGACACGCAGAGUGUCGACGCCGCGUGCGCGCUCGUGCAGGCGCUCCGCAUCCCGGCCACGGGCACGCUCCAGCUGCACCUCCUCAAGGUCCUCUCCAAGGCCGCGCUCGCACUCCCGUCCACGCUGGGCGAGGCGCUCGGCCCGCUCGCCGCGCUCGAGGUCAUCGCGGGCUCGUCGUUCUUCCACGUGCGCACGCGCCGGCCGGAGGGCGGUGGGCUCUGGCUCGAGUUCUACGCGAAGGACGGGGGCGGGGUGCGUGAGCAGGUGCUCGCGCCACUCGUGCGCGCGCUGGGACCCGCGCUCGCGGACGUGCGCACGCUGCGCGUGUCGGCGUACUGGACGCACUACAGGGACGGGCUCCUCGCGACCGUGCUGAAGACGGCGGGGCCGCAUAUCACGGCGCUGGACGCGCUCGUCGUCGCGACCCCGAACCACACUUGGGCGGAGGGCGCGGAGGGGCUGCGCGGAGCGCUUGCGCCGCGGCGGGAGGGCGACGGGGAGGGGGAAGAUGUCGUGCCGCUCCCCGCGCUGACUACGAUAGGCGUGGAGAGCCAGGGGUGCGACGGCCGCUUCUACGAGCCGUUCGUGGACGUGCUCCGACAGCGCGCGGCGCGCGGGCACCGGCUCGAGCGCGUCGUCCUGCACGGCUCGCGUGCGUGGCAGACGACGGAGCAGGAGCAGCAGGCGGCGGCGGAGGUGGAGGGCCUCGUGGGCACGGUGGAGUACGCGAAGAGGGCGGUGUGGGACGUUGAGUGCGACCCGGCGUGGCGGACGAUGAACGAGCACUGGGUGCUGUUCCCGCGGGCGGACGAGGAGAACUGCCAUUGGGCGUGGGGCGGGCUGUUCCCGGGAAAGCACCGUUGA